CUACUUCCGUCGAGUACUCGAUGUCGAGUAUCAACUUCCCAGAACGAGCCUGCUCUAAAGAUUCAGAUAGCCGAUGUCUGAAGAAAAAUCAACUCCACACGAACUUUCUAAAAAUGCUUUUGAAAAGCUGCCGGUUUCCUAACUGAUCAGAAGAUAAUAAAUCGAGCACCUGUCACCACGGACGGGUGACAACAAACAGCUCCAGGCACAUAUCCUUGAUGCUCCAUGGACUGCUUGCAUUCCUCCAGACAAGGUCUACAAAUGAGGAAAACUUAGAAAAAUCUGAAGGCGUAGCAACAUCUCCUUACGGUCAGUCUCGAGGUCUUAUCCCCAACAAUCCUCUAAAUAUUCAGAACCGUUUACGUCCAGCUGGAUGGGUGUCUCUUGAGUCGAGGCAGAACUAUGGAGUGUGAACUUGAGCCAUUGUCUUCAGGUGUUAUCAGUCCGGCUGCAAAGUUAAGACAGCAGUGUGGGUUGACAGAAGACGACAUUGACAUUGACAUCCGAAGGCGACUGCUGGUCUACUUGGCUAUUCAACCAGCUGAUCCUCGGGGCUUUGUGACAGAUACUACCGCAACAAAAAGGCUUCUUUCGUCCAAAUAAACCUCCCGGUCUGAGAACACAGUAGCGUGUAACGUUCUUCCUCAGAAACAUUCUAGUGUUGCAAAUUUCCAACAAUGGAGGCGGGAUCCUCUCCUAACAUACUGAGGGACGACUUUAAGGACUGCUUUGAAUGGCUGGUUCCGUGAUACUGUCCAGCAGCUAUGGACAGAAGUUGACGAUGUGCUCCACGGAAUCCUUAAUCGGUCCUACCCUACUUUCAUGAAACAAAUCAUGGGGGGCACAGGAGAGAAGGUGGAGGCCGGAACAGGGUUUUUGACUAGAGCAUUGUAGCAUUGUAGGUAUUGAAGUUUUGUCUUUAAAGCUCAGUCUGAAACCUGCAAAAUCCAUGUACGGGCGAGAGGCGGGAGGUCAAGGGAUAGACAAUGUUGAUUCAAUGGCCGCAAAGCUUGACACGGAUAGCCUUCACGAGCGUAUCUGAUCUUUUAAUCACAUUGUGGUUUUCACCAAAAGAUCUAUGAGUUCUGAUCGUUAGACUGUGCGAUGCUGUACGAUGAAGACUUUUGGAUCAGUAUGAAUUGAACCUAAGAUGCGAAUCAAAAAAGGGUAUUGCAUAACUCUUUUUCGUUCUUGUCUCGCUUUUAGCUCGU